AUUACCCAUUCCUGCCUCUACAGGCUCCCUAGUUCCUCCCCACUCUGAUAGACUGAAAUCUUUCUGAAACCAUGAACCAAAACAAGCCCUUCCUCCCUUCCCUUAGGUUAUUUUUGUCAGGCAGUUCACAUAGCAGUGCAGAAGUAGCGAAUACUCCAGGUGUCGAAGCUGGACCUUGACUGAUUCCCAUCCCCGUCUGCAGCCAUGUUGUCAAAUGCUGGUUGUCUGAGAAGAGGAUCUUUUGUGCCUUGUUCUCUUUCUUGAACACCUGUUGCCAGCUCAGCAGACACAGGGGGAAGAAGAUGGUGGAGAGCAGGCUCCACUCUGGAGACUUCUCCCUGGCCCAGUCAUGGUAUUUCUGCCUCCCUCCACCAGCAGACUUGGAGAUCCUGCAGCAGAAGGUGGUCGCAGUGCAACGGGAGCUGGAGGACUUUAAGAAGGAGGCACUGAAGGCCAUUCGUUAUUUGGAGGAUACCUUCUGUGAAAUGAACAGUGUCCUGGCACAGCAAGAGGAGCAGGGGGCCCGAGUAAAGCGGUUGAGGGAGGAGGAGGACCGAGGCAUUGUGCGCAACAAGGUGCUCACAUUCCUCCUGCCUAGGGAGAAGCAGUUGCAGGAGCAGUGCCAGCGGCUGGAGAAGACGCUGCUCAUCAGAGGCGGCCACCCAUUGGCUGCCAUCAGGAAGACCCAGGCUGACUGAGCGGCCUGUGCCGGCACUGGCGACCAACUGGAAGAUAGUUUUUUAACAGGAGGACAAAUGCUAAGUCCCCACUUCCUUCCCUUGCCCUAUUUCU